CAGAUCUUCGCAGCAUUUUCAUUCGCGUCGCGUCUUUCCGUCGUUUGGCAGCUGCAUAUAGUCGAACACUAUGCAGGAUGUGACGGAUACGACAAGCUCCGACUCGGCAGAAGCCUUACUUCUUGCGUUGAGCAGUCCUGGUCAAUGCACGGGCGCGCUGUCAAUGCGAAUUCGUGCGUUCCUUGCUCCAGCACUGCAGCACGGUGAUGUGUCGGGGCUAUCAAGCACAGCUGGUGGAGGGUCUGCAACAAGGAUACCAAAACGUCGGGGCACUGGAAGCAAGGUCACAGUUGGAACUACGACCACCCGCGCAUCAUUAAUGCAGCCGCUUGAAACGAUAGCGGCUCGACUAGGACCGUUUGCCAUGAAAGUUCUUAACCAAGCUGUCAGAAUGCUGACUGCGUGUGCAAACGAAAAGAAUGCCAACAAGGUAUCAUCCACGCGGUCCGUUCCGGCAAAGCCUGCAGAGGUAUCACCUGCAACGUGUGCACCAGUUCGAAAGACCAAAACGGCCACAAAGACACGUCCCCGGUUUGACUCUACGGCGACAACAAAGGCUGGAAGAACGACAAUGGCUGACAGAAACGGCGUAAAUUUGACAGUGGAGCAAUGCCUCGCUGACUGCUCAGAGUGCUCUCUGGAGGCAUUGAGUAUUCUCCAAAGAUACCUCACACUCAACUCUUUGGAUCUUGAGAAGGUGGCCUGCAACAUAGCCUCACGACUAGUGGAUCUUGGAGAGCUUGAUCGUGGAUUGAAGCUGCUCAUGUACAUACAUCGCCGACUUUGGAUAGAAAACUGCACAUCUCCAUCAACAACUCCGUCACUAAAUGGGCGGAGACGGCCAGCUGCCUCUACACGAGGGAGAAAGUUGGGCACCACGAUCGAGUCCCGUUUUCUGAAAAGUGCAAAGGGGCAAAGCUCCAGUAGCAGUAAAACUAACUGCAAUAGAGAAGGAAAAGAACCGAGAAAGGGGUCCAUAUCAGAGUCGCUUUUACAGCUGCCAUCUAUAUGCUCUCCGGACUCGUGUUCCGCUCGACUGUCGCUAGGUCUAAUGUGCAUGACUGUUGCACUGAAAUGCUGGCUACUGGAUCAGGCAAACAGAAAUGCAAUCGUAACGGAACAGCUGCUAAUGAAGCCCUUCGGAAUAUAUUCAUUGUGUAAAUUGCUCAAGACGAUGGAUGAAGUUAAUGGCGCCAAGAGCUCUGAGAAUGUGUUCCGCCUUUUAUACAGAACUUCGCUCAACGAGAACGAGUGGGAUCCUCAAGCGGCAUUGAAUCUGCGAAAAUUGGCGCUUGCUUUUUAUGUGGAAUCUUCUGGCGUCACGUACGCCAACUUUGCGGAGCAAGUUUUCAAAUUUGGGAUGGCGUUUGAGCACGCGGGAAAGUCGUUGGAUGCAAAUCAGAGGGCCGCUGCUCUAUUAGACUUUUACAUCGCAUCGCUGGAUCUCGCCGAGAAACUACUGGAAACGGGGCAGCGACCCCAACUGGCUUCUUGCAAGUGGUGCGAUCAUUGUGUUUAUGUUGCGAAAAAGAUGAAUCGAGCGGAUAUUGUGACACGAACGCUGAAGCACGCGCGGAUGGUCAUGAAAGCAACGGAUGAUCGCAUUUCAACUGAUAUUGCAUCGUGCGCGUUUUUGACGUUUAACAGAUUAGAGGCGCUGGCGUUGAAGUUCACUGGUGCUGUGGUCAGACAGAGCGAUCCCGAGGAAGCAUAUGCAGCGGCGGAUGAGUUGGAAUCUAGUCUGAGAGAACUUACCAAAACCCUGCAAGUUGGAGAAUGUGCAGAAGGGACCGCACAGACGGUUCAACAUUUUAUUCGGUCAAUCGAUACUGUGGUUAAAAUGUCUGGGGAAAUCGCUAGCAAACCUGAUUUUGAUGAGAACAGUCUGAUCCAGAAAUUGGAGACACGGUGUUGGAGGCCAGUAUUUAUGGGUCUUGUUCAACUGAACGAAAUAUUGCAGACGAAGAAUGCGGAAAGUGGAACAGUCUCGGACGCGGACCUCCGGAAACUGGUACCUGGCAUUGUCGCCUGUUUCAAUACGUUAGGGCGGAUCGAUAGUGGAUGUGGUUUGCAAGGAAAGGGCCCUUUCCUGGAUCAUCUGAAAGCAGCGGCCGCGCUUUCAGCAAAACACGCAUUCGAGGAAGGUCUCAGAUCAACCGCAAAUACCUGCUACUUCCUUGGCGGCAUAUUCUAUAAAGAGAAGCACUGGGAGAUGGCUGGGACACUCUUUAGCCUCUCAUGCGACGUUCUUGGUAACUACCUGGACGGGGUGACGGAAUCGCAUAAAACGACAAGUGCCGAAGUCCAACUGCAGGUUUCCAAGCGAUAUGAGCUCUGCUCCAUAUGUUACAGUAUGCUACAUGAUUAUGAGACUUCGCUGAUGUUCAUCAAGAAAGCUAUAUUGCAGCUUCUGUCGCUCCCCGUCGUGGAAUCAGCCGAAGACUCUGCACCUCCUGAUCCGGCUUUACUCAGACUGGUUGAUCGCUACGUGAAAACCAGAACGCCAAGUCGUCCUUAUAUCCCUCUCAUGGAAUUCGUCGGCGGAUCCGAUUCUCCUGGUCAAAUGGAAAAAGUAAUCCCCUUAGCGGAAUAUGAAUUGAAGCUAUUACAGGGGAUCGAAGGCAAUCCCGGAAUAUAUUCAGGACAAACACGACUUAUUGAUGGACUUUUGGAUUGGUAUCAAGAACAAUCCUUCCCGAUACGUCGUUCCAGAAUGCUCCUCGAGAAGGCCGAAGUUCUGCGAACAUGUGAUAUUGAAUCAAUAGGCAGUGUAUCCGAUGCUGAAGCUUUAUGCAAAGCUGCCAUAGAGCUCUUAAAAGCAUCGAGAUGUAAUGACAGUUACGGCAAUGAUCGGGAUCGAAUCAAUGAAUGUGACAACGACCUAGCGCUGGCGUAUUCUUAUUUAGGGAUGUGUAUGAACGAUCAGGACCGGUAUCAAGUCAAACCUUUCACCAUUGCUUUGCAAAUAUGGAAGAGAUUACUGGUUCGCGUUCCACAGUACACUUAUAACGCCAAACCAGGACCGAAAAAGCCAAAAGCCAGCGCCUUUUUCGCGGACUUACGCGCAACGUACCACCACAUUCGGAGGUUAACCGAUUACUUUGAAAUGUUGAACCAACCUCUCAAUCGCAUCUUGUGCGGACGCCUGCUUCUUCGGUUGACGACGUUGCUGAGAGAUACCGAUGAUUUACGAAAAGAGGCCGCCACGUUAUACGGUGAAAUUGGGUUCGCCUAUAUUCUUCUCGGAUAUACCGGUCAAGCGGGAGUUGCCUUGGCUCAUGGGCGAAUGUUGGUGGACUCUGGCCAAUGUACUACCGAAGGGUCCACAUUUUGGCAACUUUGCUACUCAUUCUACUUAUGUUGCAUUGGCAAUCAAAGCAAAAGCGAGACAACUUUCAAAAAGGUGAAACCUCCUCAACCGUCAUCUCAGAAGGAUGGACGUCGCCAUGUCGUUUUUGGCACCUUUUCGCGGAGUGUCCACACCUCGUUGCCGGCGUUUGCAUUCUUUGUGCACGCAUACAUAUGUUUUGGAUCGGGAAGUCUGGCUGGGGCAAUCGCAGAUGCAGAGAGAUGCCUUCGGCUGUUGAGCAAAGAAGUGAAAUCGUUGAAGUCUCGAUCGGAAGGCUUGUCCGAAAUCACCAAUGCAAUGAGUACUCUCAGUCUGACGGGGUCUCAAAAAGGUUCCAAAGCCGAGGCGCUCUACGGAAAAAUUCUGUGCUCUGCGCAAUGGCAUUUUGUGCAUCGCUUCUUAAGCUGUUACAUGUGGUUGGGACAACUAUACGUCCGGCAAGGUUCGGUAAUGGAAGCCGAACAUUUCUAUCGCGAAGGAUUAGAACUUGCAACCCUGGUCCACUCCCAAAUCUUCAUGAGCGCAUUCUUGCUUGGCCUGGCCGAAGUUGACUAUCGUUGCUAUCGCUUAACUGAGUCUGCACAGCAGAUUGACACAGCGGUGGAAUGCCAGGAAAACGUGUCGCCGGAUGUGACAGUACGAGAUGUUGUCCAGUCGAAGAUACAUAAAGGGGAUCAGCAGCUUCGUGGAGAGGAGUACGACGAAGCCCUAAACUGCUUUUUAGAAGCAGAGAUACUAUUGGAUGAGGCGAUGACCGAUGCGGUCAUUACAAAUCUCGAGGAAAAGGACUUGCGUGGUACGGAGACACCGCGGGAAAGGAAAAUCAUACAUCUUUCACCCGCGAAGCGGAAGGCUCUCAGUUCGUCGCGACUUGCUCAAGAAAAGUCUGAUAUUCAGUAUGAAUGCGCUGUACUAUCGGAAAAGAAAGUCGAAAUCAUAUCCCGUAUUGGUUGGGCUCUCUGUAAACAAGGAAAGCUGGAGACGUCCGAGAAGAAACUGAUGAGUGCUGAUGACUUCCUCCAUAGAGGCCUGGGACAGGCGGAAUACACCGGUGCUCUAGCCAAAGUUAAACUUCAAAAGCUAUUGCAAGCUUUACGGACUAAUCCGUUGUUUACCAUGUUUUCUGAUUCUGCUUUCUCGCUGCCCUGGUGCGUCUCAAAGCGAGUUACCACAAGUUCCUCCAGGCAAACCAAAGCAUUCAAAGCUGCGGUGGCAGUCCAGCGAACCAUCGCACAAGUACAGGAGUUAUUUAAAGAAGCCUUUGCCUCUGUUUAUCCGUACGGUUCUCCUCAACUGUGCCAUGAGAUAUCUCACGGGCUGGCACUCUUGAAUGUGAUGCGGGCUUACCUGACUGGCGGUACCGAUGAUUCGGACGCAUCGGACUUGGCACUCUCUUCAGCAUUGUAUUUAGAGCUGUCAAAAGGAUUGACGUCAAGACGUGAAAUGCUUGCAUCCGUACGUGAUAAACUAUUGCGACGAUCGGGCCAGUCAUCUUGGCCUGUCCCCAUGAGCGAGAUUCGUGCUUCCAUCACAGAUGGUGAAGUGGGAUCAGCCGCAACAGAAAAUAUUGCAGAAGAAUGCACUCAUGGUUCGACGAUGACUAUAUCUGAGUUUCGUGAUGACAUCAUAAACGCUCUUCCCGAGGAUUGGAUAGUCUGCUCGUUGUCCGUGGAUUUGGAAAGAGAGGACAUGUACCUAACCCGAUUAGAAAAGGGCUCAUCUCCGGUUGUGGUUCGCUUGCCAUUAAAACGGCAAGCAAUGAGGGAAGGAGAAGACAAUGGUUUGCUAUAUGGGGAGGUCAUCGGUGAGCUUCAGGACAUUCUGACAGCAAGUAAUGCAACAACCGAGAACGCGGAUGCAUAUGUCACAAGGGAGGACAAAGCCGAAUGGUGGAAGAAGCGAAAGGAGUUGGACCAGCGCCUGAAGGCUUUACUCGAGGAGAUAGAACUUGUUUGGUUGGGGGCGUUCAGAGGACUACUGAUUACAGACGAGUACGACUCACCUUCAUGCACUGAUGUUCUGUUGGAAUUCAAAGAAAAAGUUGAGAAGAUCAUUUUCAAAGCGGUGUCAACUAAAGCUGGAAGGGGGAAGCGAGCUAGCGUCUUACCCAUUGAUUCUGACCUUUGCCGGAUGCUGCUACGGCUUGGACCGGAUCCAUCGCCUGACGACAUUGAAGAUGCUCUAUUUCAUUUGAUGGACGCCUAUCAGUACAGUGGAACAAACGUUGAUUAUGACGAGCUGAACAUUGACUUGAUGGAAUCUGAUAUGAGGGAUGCUCUUGUCGCGUUCCACGAGACAUAUCAAAACGUCAUGGGCAACACUUCGGCUCGAAACAAGCCGUCACGCCAUUUGAUUCUGAUACCCGACAAGCAUCUACACAUGAUUCCAUGGGAGAGCUUACCUGUUCUUCGAAAUCGACCUGUAUGCCGGCUACCAUCUAUUUUCUUUUUGCAAAACAUCCUUUUGCAAUUGAAGAAGCAAAACCUUGUCGUAGACCCGCAAAAGACAUACUACCUGCUGAAUCCCAGUCAAGAUCUGGUUCGCACUCAGGAACAGUUUCAGGAAAUGGUGACAAGUCAGGAAGGGUGGUCAGGAUUAAUCUCCCGCGCUCCAAGCGAGGAUGAUUGGGCGAGUGCGUUAUCAAGCAAAGAUCUAUUCAUCUAUUUUGGCCACGGCGGAGGCGAGCAAUAUAUACGAGGCCAUCGUGUACGAGAACUGGAUAGGUGUGCAGUAACUCUAUUAUUGGGUUGUAGCAGUGGAUGUUUACGUCCAGCUGGUGAAUUCGAUCCACAUGGAACACCAUUGAACUACAUAUUAGGGGGAAGCCAAGCCAUUGUUGCAAACCUUUGGGACGUAACCGAUCGCGAUCUGGACCGGUUUAGCUGUGCCAUGUUCGAGAAAUGGGGCUUGGUCACGUCAAGAGAAACAGGUCAUAUUGACCGCUCAUCAAUUGCAGAAGCUGUGACGACAUCUAGAGAUGUCUGCACCCUGAAGUACUUGACGGGAGCAGCGCCAGUGGUCUACGGAGUGCCGGUGUACUUGAAGAGAUGAGGUGAUAUAUUGGUUGCACUUAAAUAGAUGAUUCUGUAAAUCUAGGUAAAUAUAUAAGACACUAAUAGAAGCUAUACCAAAG